AGGCUAGAACAUGACUGUCAUAUUUGACAUUCGGGAGUUUUCGCGGAUGUUAUCUUCAUUAGCUCCGCGUCUAAACCUCGAUCUGCCCCGGUGUUAGGAUAUGUUGGAGAGCUCAUUGGGGAAAAUGUUUCACAAACCAUUUGAUCAAACCAAAAAUCACAAAAAAUGACGAUGCAGUGCAGAUAGCAAGGCAGUGAAUGUCUGCCCAGUGCGCAUGUCACUAUAGGCGUUGUCAGGGACGACCCAUUUCAAUCUCCAAUAACUAUUUUUGUUUUUCGACAAAGGAAUGUCAAACCACUGCUAUUAUACAGAAGGACAGCCAUUUUGUAUUUCACAUCUUAAAAGGUUGACCCUGUCAAUGUUGUCAGUGAUCAGUUUGCUUUAAUGUGCAUAGUUCAAGGUUUUCUUUUUGUACUGAUGUAUCAACCAAUGGAAAUUCAUUUUAAAUAUAGGACAACCAAUCCAAAACCAAAACUGUUCCACAAAGUAACAGCUGUGGAAGUUGUGAGUGGAUGUCCCAAACACAUGGGAGGUGGUUUGAUGUCAUUAAAUUCAUUAAUGAGUGAGCUAUUGAAAAAGAAAAACUUGAAAUAUGCAUACUAAAGCAAAAUGCUCUUGGCUGACUGGGCGUGGGCAGACAUUCAAUGCCUUGCGCUCUCCACUGCAUCGUCAUAUUUGGUAAUUUUACCGAAUGUAUGAAAAUGACUUCACCCCGGUUAGAAACCGGGGGGCUUGGCAGGUGUUUGCUGUGCUAAGAGAAGUGAUGAGCACCCGAUUGUUUUGUUGCCCGUGUUGGUUUUUGCAGUCAGUAGCUUUUACAUUUGCUCCCUCCUAUAAAAAGAUUGAUGUAUAAAUCACGAAACACAAACCGCGUCGAAACAUUACGUACACCAAUUUUCAGAUUGACGUCCAUGGAUCUAACCCAAAUUCAUGAUCUUAUAAUCCAACUGUUCAGCUUGCUAGAAAAAAAACAAACACGUAGCUUAGAUGAAGGUGACGUAAGUGCUGACACGUUUUUUUUUGUUUUUGCGAUUGGCUCAUUCCGACGGACAAGCACGCCUUUACAGACACAUUUGGUGCAGCCGUAGUGUGUUGCUUAAUUUAAAAAACACACCCAGACACCCAUUAUUUGUUUGUUUGUUUUUGAAAGGAGACCGAUGAGAUCAGACUGCUAAUUGCUGUGUUUUUAAAAUAUUUUUUCUAUCCAUCAUCUCACAAAAGAGAUGUUGGAAAAAAGAUUUAAAAAAUCAUUUGGGUUAUUUGAUAUAUUAAUUAAUAAUAUGUAUUAUAUUAUCUUUUCAACCUGUGAAAUCAUUUUCUGAGCAUCCAAAAACAUUACUCAAAUCGGACUCCCCUGAGAAGAAGCAGUGAAAAGCACCACUGCAGGGAAAUAACUCUAAGUUACUGUUCAUAUUUAUAUUAAGAAAUUAUGUUCCUGCCAAACUGAAAUUCUGCACCAGCGAGCAGAAAUGCACCAUUGUAGUUUUUUUUGGGGGGUUUAUUUUGUUGAGUGUCAAAACACAUUUCAAAUGCCAGACAUAAGACUGCAGCAUCAGGAGCUGAGUUGCCUCUCACAUCAGACACAGAGCUUCCUCUCCGCCUGUGUGGGAGUGUGUAUCUCUAGACCGGUGACCUUACAAAUGAGCAUGCUGCAUCAUUGUGAGAAUUGGUGUUUCUGGGCGGUGCAAAGUAGAGUAGAGCACACCACACCAGAGUGCAGGAUAUCUGAACACAGCAGCGCACAGAGAGGCAGACCCAUCCGCCGCUGGAGGGAUCAAAUCUGUACCAUCUGACGCUCAAGGAUUUAUCGGUUUAGUCAAAAUUGCUUUCCCCACUGUGGAGAUUAAGCACCGUAGGAUGUUUUCCACUCAGGCCGUAGAAUAGCCCUGUGUAGCUGCUGCUGCUGCUGCUGCUGCUGUGUUUCUCCCCUCUCUCAUCAGCUCCGGUGCUGGGGAAGGGAAUGUCUCAGGAAGGUGGAGUGCUCCAAACCCCGGAGGGGAGUAGAUUCUGAGUGGCAGGAGAGGUCCGACCUCUGGGGAAUGUGAACCAUGCAGGUGGAUGCUGUUCUUGUGCUCUUCUGUGUCUGGCUCGUGGGUGCAGCUGGAAGGACGGCCCAGUCCCCGGGUCACAAGCUGGAGACCCACAAACAAAGCAGGUCGCGAAGAGAGACCAGAAUGGAGGGGGGUAGCGGUCACAAAUCUGGAAGCCCGAUUUACAAACGAAGUCCAGACAUGACCAAAUCUCUCGUGACGAAAUCGGAGCAGCUCCUGAGAAUAGACGACCAUGAUUUCACCAUGAGACCAGCGUUUGGAGGUCCCCCAAUUCCUGUUGGAGUAGAUGUUCAGGUUGAAAGUCUGGAUACCAUCUCUGAAGUGGAUAUGGACUUUACUAUGACACUGUACCUGCGUCACUACUGGAAGGACGAGCGGUUGUCGUUCCAGAGCACCAACAACCAGAGCAUGACCUUCGACAGUCGCCUGGUGAAGAAGAUUUGGGUUCCUGACAUGUUCUUCGUCCACUCUAAGCGCUCGUUCAUCCACGACACCACCACCGAUAAUGUCAUGCUGAGGGUAUAUCCUGAUGGCAAUGUCCUCUACAGUCUCAGAGUCACUGUCACUGCCAUGUGCAACAUGGAUCUGAGCCGCUUCCCUCUGGACACCCAAACCUGUUCGCUGGAGAUUGAGAGUUAUGCAUACACAGACGAUGACCUCAUGUUGUACUGGAAGAAAGGAAACGAAUCCCUCAACACUGACGACAGAAUAUCUCUGUCCCAGUUCCUAAUCCAGAAAUUUCACACCACCACCAAGCUGGCUUUCUACAGCAGCACAGGCUGGUACAAUCGCUUGUACAUCCACUUCACCCUGCGGCGCCACAUCUUCUUCUUCCUGCUGCAAACCUACUUCCCCGCUACUCUGAUGGUCAUGCUGUCCUGGGUGUCCUUCUGGAUCGACCGCAGGGCUGUGCCCGCCAGGGUGCCGCUCGGCAUCACCACAGUGCUGACCAUGUCCACCAUCAUCACCGGGGUCAACGCCUCCAUGCCUCGGGUCUCCUACAUUAAGGCAGUGGACAUUUACCUCUGGGUCAGUUUUGUCUUUGUCUUCCUGUCGGUGAUAGAGUAUGCGGCGGUCAACUACCUCUCCACCGUACAGGAGAGGAAAGAGAGGAAGCUCAGGGAGAGACUGCCGUGUACCUGUGGUAUAGGCAACCCAGAUGAGAUGAUGAUUGACCCCCAGAUCACUGGGUAUGGGUCUAUGGAUGUCAACACCACAGGGAAUUAUGGGAUGCCAGAGAAUGGAGGCCGCCAGGAUCGAAUCUUGGCCGAGGUGGCUCUGAACGACCCACAACUCGCAGGCCAAGUGAAGCCGUCCAGAGGCUACGUGAACAUUUGGAUAGACACCCACGCCAUAGACAAGUACUCGAGGGUCGUCUUUCCUGGUGCCUACUUCCUCUUUAACAUCAUCUACUGGUCUAUCUACUCCUAACACGGGAUGCAGAAGUGCGACACCUGAAAGAGUCGUCCAUGACGGGACUCCAGGAGCUCGGGCUCAUUUGUACGAGAGCAGGGGAGACAUCACUUUUCUGAAAAAGACUGCUCAUAAGAUCCAUGGAGACCGCUGACAGACUGGUGAUCAUUGCCUUUUUGACCCAGCCACUUAAAACGGAGGUACUGACAAACAGGACAAUCAUUGUCGGUAGUUUUAUCAAUCCAUCAAAUCUAUGUGGUUUCAUGUUGUAACUAUAGUGUUGUUGAUGGAACGUUUUGAUAUUGUUGUUGCCUGAGGACUUACUGUGUGCACAGAUGAACACAAACAUGGACCUUGUGUAAUUGUGCAGAUUAACUCAGAUGAAAUAAAUUCUGGAUGCAGUGACUGAAAAUGUGAAAUGAAAAGAGAUUUCUGACAUUGCCCCCCCUUUCGCAUAUGAACUAGACUUGACAACCAAUGACAAACUCAUAAUCUUCAAAGGGACAGUAUGGCAUUUUGGGGAAUGAUCUUUUUUUCCAGCUGGAAAGUUAGAUUAAAUUUCAUUUCUCAUAUCUGUCUUCUAAAUGUAAAGAUACAGCCAACAACCAGCUAACUUAAUUUAGCACAGAGACUGGAGACAGGACGGAACAGCUAGCCUUGCUCUAAAUUUAAGCAGCCUACCAGCACCUCUAAAGCUCACAAGUUAUUAAGUGAUUUCUCUAAAGUGUUGAACCCAACCCUCCACAAGAUUUCAAGGAAAUUGGUUGAGUAUAGUGUUUGCAUAAUCCUGCUACAUAACGAGCGGUGAUGAAAGUAUGACCUCCUUGGCGGAGGUAAUUAACUGUAAAGGUUAGCACUGUCGCCUCACAGCAAGAUGGUUGGUUCUAAUCCCGGAUCAGACCGACCAACCACCUGGGACCUUUCUGUGUGGAGUUUGCAUGUUCUCCCCAUGUCCCGGUACUCCGGCUUCCUCCCACAGUCCAAAGACAUGCAGAUUGGGGUUAAUUGUAGAUGUGAAUGGUUGUUUGUCUCUUUAUGUUGGUCCCUGUGAGACUCGCGACCUUUUCCAGGGUGUACAGCGCCUCAAUAUACCCUUAAAAAAAGUAUACAGCUGUAUAGAUGAUAGAUGGAUGGAUGGGUGCUGGUAGGCAGAUUUUGUUACCAACCCCCUCGUCUAACUCAUCAUAAGAAAGUAGAUGAGAGGCAUUUUCCAAAAUGUGGAACUAUUCCUUUAAAAAGCUGACAAUCAGAUCUGUCGUAUUCUUAAAGCUCAAUUCUUCCUUUGCAGCAUGUUAGUGUGAUUCAUGUUACAUUAUCUUGUGAUCUUUGUAUCAAUGCAACUGUUUUGAUGUGAAGCUUAUUACUGCACUGCAUUUCUGUAAUUUGACAGUUUAUAAAAAAAAAGGAAAAAUAUAGCAAUCUAUCUAAAUCACAAGUGUAAAAAUAUAUGUUUAGUGAAUCACAAAUAUGGAUAAUGGUUUUAACUGGAUUUUUAAAAAUAUACAACUGAAGCUCAUCUCCUCUGUUGGGUGUUAUGAGGCUUUGAGUUUCACUGUGACCCGUUAGUUGCUAGUUUUAUCGUCUUUUUUCAGCUUAAAACAGCUUUACACUUGGUUGGGCAUCUAGAACAUCUUUUGGUGGUUUAACUGUUGAAAGAAGUUACGUGUGAGACAAUGUUUAAUAAAUGUUUUGUUUUCUGAAAAUUUUGCAAUUAUUUGAGCAGAGCUCAGGUGCUGAA